GUUGGAAAAAUAGAACUACUACUACUGUCAACUUCACGUUGCUGCGAUUGUCUUUUAUUCAAGAAAUUUGAUUUUCUCCCACAUGUUAAUUGAUUUUUGCGAUUAACAAUUAUUCCACGAAUAAUUUAGUAAAAUGGGUGCUAUAUCAAGCAGGUACCGUGUCUUCAACUCUGGGCUGACUAGUACCGACUUACAAAAUAUAGAAAAUGAUAACAAACGAGAAAAUCCAGGGACUUUGGAUGAACUUCAUAAAAAAACCAAAGAGGUGAUGCCUGUGAACUUUGAAGGUGGCAAGUUAAUGGUCAAUAGAGGGCUGUCAAAUCAUUUUCAGAUGUCUCAUACAUUAACAAUGAGCUCACAACAAAAUGGAUACAAAUUGGGUGGAACAUACAUUGGCACAAAACAGAUAUCUCCGACAGAGGCAUUCCCGGUGGUGCUUGGUGAUGUGGACCCUGCCGGUAAUGUGAACUGCAGCCUUAUACAUCAACUGACACCAGAGAUCAGGGUCAAAGGUGCUGCUCAAAUUCAAGAAUGCAAACUGACAGCUACACAAGGCACUGUGGAAUACAAAGGUUCAGAUUACAGCCUUGCCUUGGUGGCGGGGAAACCAGACUUUAACGACAAGUCUGCAAUGUUUGUUGGACAUUAUUUGCAGUCGGUGACAAAGCGUUUAGCUUUAGGGGCUGAACUGGUGUAUCAAUCCGGUGCCAGGAUCAUGGGCGGAGAGAUUUGCAUAGUGUCUGGUGCUGCUAGAUACACUAUGGAUGAUUCAGAAGUGUCGGCCACACUGAGCGCUGCCAACCUGCACUUGUGCUACUUCAAGCAAGCCAGCGAACAACUCCAGGUUGUAGCUGAAAUGGACACAUCAUUCCGUGGCAUGGAGUCAGUGGGCAGCAUCGGAUAUCAAGUCACUAUUCCAAAGGCAGAUCUAGUUUUUAGAGGCAUGGUGGAUUCCAACUGGAACAUCGGAGCAGUCUUGGAGAAGAAACUCCAGCCCCUGCCCUUCACGUUCGCGCUGUCGGGCAUGGCCAACCAGGCCAAGCAGCAGUUCAAGUUUGGCUGCGGACUUAUCAUCGGUUAACCCUCCAGCUCGGUCGUAGAAUCUAAUAGUAAAGUUCACGGUCCGGAAUAUUGAAGCAUGUGGCACAGUGUGAGAAUGCAUUUAGCUGAUGAACUUGGACCUCACACGGAGCGUCCGAUGUAAUUGUGAGAAUUGAUCGUAACUUUUAAUAAUGGCCUUUUCGCAUUAAAAGUGUACAAUUUCCAAAAAUAUUCGAAAUUGAGUUAAUAUGCGGAAUCAUUUGGUUAUCACCAGUACUUUUUCUCAUAAAUACUGUCAAAAAAACGUCUAGUUUUAGUUUUUAUUUAUUAGUUUACCUAUGUUUUGACUACUAUUAACAAAAUUAAUACAUAAUUUUAUCUUACUUUAAAAGACAGAUAAUGUAACUGGUAAAAACUAAAAAAUAAAUGUUGCAAAUUGAUUAAUAUUAAAAAUAUCACAUGUUAAACCUUUAAAACACUCCUGUAAAACUAGUAAGUUUUGAGAUUAUACAGUUUUAAUGCGAGAAGACAAUUUGUAUAAAUGAAAUGAUUAUGUUAAUUUGUUUUAAAUAAACUAAAAUACUGAAGUGAAGGUUCAAAAGCAGCUUCGGAGUGGCUAGUGGAGGGCUGCCUCUCCGCGCGGCUGCUACUCUACAACUAUGUAAAGGAGCAUUAGGAUUAGGAGGGAGGAAGGAUUAGAUUGCAAUAAUAAAAUUUAAAAAAAGAAUGUUGUAAUUGAGUGCGGCCCGCGGACCACACCGGGCGCUCGCUGACUGUUUGUAAUAUUCCGGCGCGGACACGUCUGUAGUGCUUCAGCAAAUACGAAAUGUGAAUUGUCUUUGAUUAGUUUUUAUAAUUGUUUUGAAUUUGAUAUAUAUUGUGGUUUUGCGUUACGGCCAGUCUGUGUGUGUCAUCCAUCGUUCAGUUCAGAUAAGUUCAUUGGCAUUAUCGUUCGGAUUGCAUCGGUGUGGUGUCUGUUCCAGGGGAGAAACACCGCGAACUCGGGGGGGAGGGACACCCGCUUAGUAGGCUUGAAGAUCGUAUUUAAAAAUCAUAUUAUAACUAAAAUUUAGUUAGAAAAUUCAUUUAUCAAUUAAAAAUACAAUAAACAUAUGUAUUUUAAUCGGAACAAUCGGUUGAGGCAACGGCCUGUCCGUUCUAACAGUGUCAUUGUUAACGUUGACAGACUGUCAACUAAUUAUUGAACUAAAACGAUGUUCUUAGCUGCGGGGGGUUGGGGGGUCUGGAUGAUACGUUAAGUCUUCUUUCUUACUGGUGGUGAACCUCUUGUGAGUCCGCACGGGUAUGUACCACUACCCUGCCUAUUUCUGCCGUGAAGCAGUAAUGCGUUUCGGUUUGAAGGGUGGGGCAGCCGUUAUAACUAUACUUGAGACCUUAGAACUUAUAUCUCAAGGUGUGUGACGCAUUUACGUUGUAGAUGUCUAUGGGCUCCAGUAACUACUUAACACCUGGUGGACAGUGAGCUCGUCCCUACAUCUAUGCAAUAAAAAAAAAGUUUCUUUGAAAAUGUUCUCGAAGGUCCUGUUCCAAAACAAUACCUACUGCACCGACAGUAACCGGGUACAUGACCAUUAGCUCCUAACUAAGUAGCCAUUGUCUUCAGUAAACAUUAACCCAGGAAUGUGAUUAGUAGAAAUGUUAUAAUUGUGUGUAGCGGUCAUCGUUUGAAACUAGUGUUGUUUUUAAAUGUCAGAAAAUAUGAUACGAAUGUUCGUGUGAGUGUGGCGCCCUUGUAAAUAUGGCCUGUUGUUGUAAUGUCUAUGUUUAAUAGAUUUAUGUUGAGAAUAAA